AUGUCGCAGGCCCAGUCGAGUGUGCCGAUGCAGCAGCUCGGUGCCGAGAAGGGCGCGCCUGCCGCGAAGGAGGAGAGUGCCAACACCGGUCUCCCCCAGCCCGCCAUCGCCGCGAAUGCGAACAAGCCCAAGAUCCACCCUGCGGUGAUCAUUGCCAUUUGGAUCGCGCUGAGCAGCAGCGUCAUUGUGUACAACAAGUACAUUCUCGACAAUCUCAAGUACCCGUACCCCGUCUUCCUCACCACCUUCCACAUGGCGUUUGCCGCGAUCGGCACCCGCCUCCUGGCGCGCUACACGACCCUGUUGAAGGGCCUGAACAACGUCGAGAUGACCAUGGACCGCUGGACGCGCAACAUUCUGCCGAUUGGUGCGCUGUUCUCGGGCUCGCUCGUCUUUAGCAACAUGGCCUACCUGACGCUCAGCGUCAGCUUCAUCCAGAUGCUCAAGGCGUUUACGCCGGUGGCCGUGCUUAUCAUCUCGUUUGCGUUCGGCUUGAAGAAGAUGUCGGGCACGCUCACCGGUAUCGUGCUCAUGAUCUCGGUCGGUGUGUGCCUUGCGUCGUACGGCGAGUCGGUGUUUGACAUGACCGGCUUCACCUACCAGGUGCUCGCCAUCGGCUUUGAGAGCACGCGUCUGGUCAUGGUCCAGGUCCUGCUGCAGGGCCUCAAGAUGGACCCGCUCGUUUCGCUCUACUACUUCUCGCCGGUGUGCGCCGCGCUGAACAUGAUCCUCCUGCCGUUCACCGAGGGCCUCGCGCCUUUCCAGGCCCUGGCCAAGCUCGGCCCGGUGAUUCUGCUGAGCAACGCGGGUGUCGCCUUUGGCCUGAACGUCGCGUCGGUGUUCCUGAUUGGCGCCGCGUCCUCGCUCACGCUCACGCUUGCUGGCGUGCUCAAAGAUAUCCUGCUCAUUCUUGGCUCCAUGUGGCUCCUCGGCAGCACCGUCACCGGCGUGCAGUUUGUCGGCUACGCCAUCGCACUGGGCGGCCUGGUGCUCUUCAAGACCCACAAGGGAUAG